AUGGGUUUUAUUCAUGGUUGUAUGUUGGAUGCAAAGAAAGAUAUCUCCGUGAGGUUUGACAAUGACAAGUCUCGCUUUCUGGAAGUGUGGGACAUCAUUGACAAGAGAUGGGACAACAAGUUGAAGACUGCAUUACAUAUGGCUGGAUACUACUUGAACCCAUACUAUUAUUAUCCAAACAAGCUUGAUAUUGAGAUCGAUGGUAGUUUCAAAGAAGGGCUGAUAACUUGUAUUUCAAAGAUGGUUGAAGAUCCUAUCAUGCAAGAAGAAAUACUCGAUGAGAUUGACCACUAUCAAGAGGGGAUAUGGUCUUUUGGAAGGGACAUUGCUGUACGGCAAAGGAAAAACAAGAAGUUUGAUCCAGCUAAAUGGUGGAUGAACCAUGGGACAAGUGCUCCAAAACUAAGGAACUUGGCUGCAAGGAUUCUUGGUUUGACAUGUAGUUCCUCUGCUUGUGAGAGGAACUGGAGUGUAUUUGAUCAAGUUCACACAAAGAGACGCAGCAGGAUACUGCAUGACAAGAUGAGUGACCUUGUUUUCAUCAAGUUCAACUCCAAACUAAAGGACAAGAAACUAAACAAACGCAAGGACCCCAUUGAGAAGCAGGUGGUAGAUGUUUUAGAAGAUGAUGAGAAUGAAUGGAUCACUAGUGUAGUGCCAAAUGGUGAUGAAGAACAAGGAACUUCUACUAUUAAUCCACUUAAAAGGAAGAGGGGUGUCUAUGGUAAGAAGAAGAAGAUGAUCCCUGUUACUCCUCAAGAAGAUCUGCUCUCUGCUUCAGAAAGUGACGACGACGAGGACACCGACAUGAGUUCUGGUUCUGACAUGUGA